CGGCGCGUCCUAGAGCGGCGCCUGCCUGCCUGCCUCCUUCCGGCGCGAUGGCGAUCUUCAGCGUCUACGUGGUGAACAAGGCCGGCGGCCUCAUCUACCAGCUGGAGCACUACGCGCCGCGCACCGAGGCCGAGAAGACCUUCGGCUUCCCGCUGGAGCUGGUCCUCCGCCCGCACGACGAGCGCCUCCUGGUCGCCUUCGGGCAGCGGGACGGCAUCCGCGUGGGCCACGCGGUGCUGGCGGUGAACGGCGUGGAGGUGGCCGGGCGCUGCACCGGGGACGGCAGGGACGUCAUGGAGCUCCUGGCCAACCCCGCCAACUACCCGCUCUCCAUCCGCUUCGGACGACCCCGGCUCUCCUCCAACGAGAAGCUCAUGCUGGCCUCCAUGUUCCACUCGCUCUUUGCCAUCGGGUCCCAACUCUCUCCGGAGCCGGGGAGUUCCGGCAUUGAAAUGCUGGAGACCGACACCUUCAAGCUCCACUGCUUCCAGACCCUGACAGGGAUCAAGUUUGUGGUCCUUGCUGACCCCCGGCAGUCAGGGAUAGACUCCCUUCUGCGCAAGAUCUACGAGAUUUAUUCCGACUUUGCUCUGAAAAAUCCUUUCUAUUCCCUGGAGAUGCCUAUCAGAUGUGAGCUUUUUGACCAGAACCUGAAACUAGCACUUGAAGUAGCAGAGAAAGCUGGAUCAUUUGGACCAGGGUUAUAAAAUGGAUUUUUCCCACUUGAGUCUCAACUAAUGGGCUUUUCCAAGAAGGUCUGAGUCUUGGGACAGAAAUUUCCCGGGAGGCUGUGGCACAGUUCCAGAGGGCAGAACAGAGGUGUAACAUCACAACUGUUGCAUGGUGAACCUUAGCUGCUGGAAAGGGAGGUUAGCUGGCAGUUUAGAAGGGAUCAAAGUGGCUGUACCAUUUCUUAAAUGGAGAUGUGUAAAAUAUAAAUGUAUUUUAUUUGUCUGUUAUAUUGCAAACUUUUAUUUAAUGACUAAUAUUAUGUAUUGUUUGUGUAAAUAAAGCAUUCUCCCAAGGGAGA